GGGACUUCCUGUGCUCUUGGGGCCUUUGCGGAAGUGGCUGAGGACGAACCGGCGUGGGGCUGGUUCGGAGAGUUUAGUACUUGUGUACUGGUAGCUGCUUUAGGCUUGAAAGAUGCCAGGCCUGGCAGCCGCGAGCCCUGCCCCGUCUGAAUCUCAGGAGAAGAAGCCUCUGAAGCCCUGCUGCGCCUGCCCGGAGACCAAGAAGGCGCGCGAUGCGUGCAUCAUUGAGAAAGGAGAAGAGCAUUGUGGACAUCUAAUUGAGGCCCACAAGGAGUGCAUGCGAGCCCUGGGAUUUAAGAUAUGAACUGGUGGCCUGCUCUGUGAAUGAAUAAUCCCUGAAGAAUGAAGAAGAUUAAAUCAUUUUGGAAGUUCUUUGAUGAGCUUUGAUAAAUGGAUAAAGUAUUUAUAUUAAAAAAAAGAGGAAAAUGUCCCAGUCAAAGAUCUUUAAGUGUGUUUCAUAUUGUGUUCUUCACCCACUCAUGUAGCUUUCCUCUCCCACUCUCUCCCUCUGUCUUUCUUUCUUUUUUUUUCUUUCUUUCUUUUCUAUAAAGGAUAUAGUAGCAAAUCUUGUGACUUGGAUUUCUUUUGUUUUUGCUACUGUGUCAUCCUGAGAACUGUGAAUAUGUUGUUAAGAGAAAAAAGCAGAUACUUUUCUCAAGGAAUGAAGUCUCCAAAAUUAGCUAGAUACAAGUAAGAAUAAAUACCCUUUUCCAAUUCA